AUGAAGAAGCUCUUCAGUAAGAUCUCAUCAACACAGCGUCCUUCGAAAACUACCAAGGCCUCGUUGUUGCUGAGAAACAACAGACCUGCCGAGAGCUCCGGAGUCGAUGAUGACGACGUCAAGGAAGAGUCGAGCGAUGACGAGGGAGUCGCAGGGGACGCGGCACAGCAAGCAGGGGCAAAGAGUAGGCCCAAGACAAACGACGAAGAACGAAUCCAGCGGGGCAUUCAGAAUGUCAAGGGAUGGAUUCAGUCCAAAAACCUGCCUGAGGAAUCAGACUUGAGUGAUCCCUCCAACUCUGAAGAGGAUCGUCAUGCCGAGGGGCCCAAGUUGACUCUGAAACCCAAAGAGCAAAACCGCAUGAAGUUUUCUUCCGACUCAGAAGAUGCAGAUGAUUACAAGCCAGCUGAUGAUCCAUUCCAGGGCUCCGACUAUCAGCCAGCUUCAUCCUUGGGAAAGAGCGAAAAGAGAAGGAAAUCAGAAAACUUUCAAGACAGCUUUCGCUCUAUCGAGAAGGUCACUUACCAGCUGACCGACGAUUCAGAGUCUACAGACGACAGUGAGCUACUACCUGCAAAGACUGGACUGCUUCAUGGUAUCAACAUCGGGAGCACGAUCGACUCAAGAGAAAUUGAGAAGACGCUCUCCGUUUACAGCUCGAGCCAUUCCACCGUCAAAGCCAAGAGGCAGCGGCAUGGGAAGGACGACGUGACCGACAGCAGGCAGACGAGGGAUGGCCUGCAGUUCCUGAACGCAGGAAGCUAUCAAAGUCAGUCAAGCUAUCGCCCAGCACAAGAGCCCCAGCCGCAUCGAUCAUUACGCAUGUCUUCGUCAGGAUCCCAGGGCUCGGAGUUCAGGACGUCCAGGAUGGAAGUAGAGGCACCGAAUACCUCCUCCAGCCGCAAGGCUGCGACCAAACUCCCCAACAUAAACAAAUCGCGCAUGCCUGAGAGUCGUUUUGUGCGGGAUGACAUCAGCGACAGCUCCGACGGCGAGUCGGAGGGAGAGAAUCGUCCAAUUCAGAACCAGAGAAAACCAGCGAGCCAUCACACCAGUUUACAGCACAGAGACAUCGCACGAGAGAGUCGUAGUCAAGAGAGUAGGAGGAACGACUUCGAUGCUGCGUUUGAUUGGCGGCCGCCGGGCGAUACUUUCGGUUCGAGCCUAGGGCGUCCUCAGUCGGCGAACAAAUCGCUGAACUCUUCCACUGACUCCGAUGUCUUGAAGAUUUCGGACUCAAGUGAGACGGACUCGUCCUUCUUCGGAAACAGCCCGGCCAAGUUGGGCUCCCUGAAGCUGGAGGGAGUGAACGACUUCGACACGUUCAUGAAGACGGUGGACAAGAAAGUCAACAAGGCUGUCAAGAUUGAGAAGCGGAUCCUCAAGUCUCGCAACCAGAUGAGGAGCGCGGGCUCGAGCCAGCCGGCGUCGGAGGCGUCGGAGGUUCCGAGUAGGAACGUCAUUCCAGUGAUAUCCAGCUCGAUCCCUGCCAAGAAAUCAGCAGACUUGAACUUCGAGAGGUUCUCACGGGCCAAGGAGGCGAGCACACCAACAGCGGCGCCACCAGACCCUCUUCUGCAGUCCUCGGUCGGUAUGAGGAGACAGAAGCUGGAUCAGAUCAAGCCUGGGCAUGGAUACGCUCCUGCUGUGGAGAUGAAUGGGAAGUCUCGUCGACCAGACACUUCGCACGAUGAGAAGAAGAUGGCUGAACAGCUAGAGGAGAUGGAAAUGCUACAGAGGCAACAGAAGGAGGCCGCGCAGAAAGAACGAGAGCAGAAGGAGAUUCUUGAUAGGUUGAAGAGGGAGAAGCUGAGACGAGACAACAAGCACAAGGAGCAGAAGGAGGAGCUGGAGAAGUUGUGGUCCGAACAGGCGAAGCAAGAUGACGAGCGAUUCCGACGGGAGAAGGAGAUCGAACGACUCAAAAGCCAGCUCAAGAUGAAAGAGGACAAGGAGAAGAUGCAGAGCGAGGAGCUGGAGCGGCUGCGGAGGGAGGUAGCUGAACGGGCUCGAGCGGAUGCUCUGGGGGCCGCUGAGUUUGACAAGCUGGUCGCCGAGAAGCACAAGAAGCUGCUGGUUCCCCAGGUGGAGCUGCAGAGAGAAAGUCACCCCAGUCACCCGAAGCCGAUGGAGAAGGACUGGCACGGGGAUCGUCAGCAGGGGCAGGAGCAGUCGCAUGCUCGCCAGAGCUUUCAGGACCUGCCUGCUCAGUCGGAGGAUCUGAGUUCGCAGAUUCAGCACUCUGAACUCCGUCCAGUCUCAAGGCAGCAGCGGCUGAAGCCUCUGGAAGAGAGCAAGAAGGAAGAAACGAACGAGAAAGAUCGCCCGACGACGAGCACAAGGAACCAGCAGAUGCUGCAUGCGGCCCUCAAGGAGCGGUUCCGCCCGCAGGUCAUUCCGGGCUACUCCAGCGCAGCCCCGGGCGGGCGGGAGCAGCCAACGGGUGCGGAGGAUCCUCCCCAGAGCUACAAGAGCGUCGCAGCGGCGAGUCAUGAGACCCUGGCUGAGAUCAAGGCCAAGAGGUCUGCUGCUGCCCAGCUGAAGCAGGAGAAGUUCAAGCAGGAGCAUCUCAAGUCGCAGGCCGGGAUUCAGCAUCACAUCAAGUCGGCAGUGAGAGCGCAUGAGGACGAGCUCAAGGAUGCAGUCCAGGAGGCGCGGAGCAAGGCGGAGCUGCAGGAAGCGAGGGUGAUUCUUAAGGAAAGCGCGAGACCAGCUCCUCCGUCUAUCAAACUGGACACAAAGUUCGUGGAAGACAUGAAGAAGCUGGAGGAGGAGAAGCUGGAGCUUGAGAGAAGGGAACAGUUGCAAGAGGCUUACAUUGAGCAGCUCAAGUUCGAACAGCAGCAGAAGUUGGAAAGGGAGGAGGCGAAGAGGAAAACGCUGCAGAAACUUCGCAAUGAGAACCAGAUCAUCGACAAGAUGCUGCGCGAGACAGACAGCUUGGAUGGAAGGCUGAUGAAGGAAGUUGGGACGUUGGAGACCCUGAAGGAGCAGUUCAAGAAGAAGCAAGAGCUGGCGGACAAGCUGCGAGAUCAGCAGGAGGAGCUGAAGAAGAAGCAGGAGGAGAGGGAGAGGGAGCUUUCCACGCUGAAGCACGAAGUGAGCAAGGCAACUAACUCCGCGGGCAUCCAGCUCCUGCAGAUGGAGAGGUUGAAGCAGAUCCAAGAGGAAAGCAGGAGGCUGCAGGAGGAGAAGCAGCAAGAGCUGCAGCGGCUGAAAGAGGAGAUCCAGAUGAAGUCGAGCAUCGAUGCCGAGGCCCAGGAGCUGGAGCGGCUGAGGGAAGAGAAGAAGAGGAUUGAAGAGAGUCAGGCGGAGGCCCGCAAGGCGUUGGAGCAGGAGCAGGAGAUGCUGGAGAAAGCGAUGUCAGAGCAGAAAACCAUCGCUGAGGAGUUUGAGAAGCUGCAGCGGGAGAAGAGGAGACGCGAGGAGCACGAGAUGGAACUCCGGCGCUCCAUGGUGCAGGAGGAGCGAGAGAUCGAGCGGUUGAAGGAGGAAGCCGAGAACCGGAGGAUGGAGAUAGAGAGGCUGCACGAGGAGAAGCAGAACCACAUGAAGGUGCUGGAGGGGCAGCAAAAGGACCAGCUGAUGAGCGAGCUGGCGGAGCUGAAGGAGAGGAAAGAGAAGGUCAUGAACGAGGAGGCUCGGCUGAGGAGCGAAAAGCGGGAGCUGGAGGAGCUGAACAAGAGGAGGGAGGCUGAGCUAAGACACAUCGAAGAGCUUCGGAUCAAGAGCGACGAGCUCGAGAGACAGCAGAUGCAAGCCAAGCUUGAGGAGGAGCGGGCGCUACGGGAGAAGGAGGAGAGGGAGAGGGAGCGGCUCCGCGCCAAGGAAGAUCGGAUCCGAAAGAUGCUGGAGAUGGAAGCUGAGAAAGCGAAGCUGGACAUGGAGCUGGAGAGGAAGAGGAGGCAGGCUGAGAUAGACAAGCUGAAGCAGGAGAUACAGGACAAGAAGAUCACCGAGGAAGAAGAAGCAGCAGAGGAAGAAGUUGAUGCCAAUGAGCAGAAGAUCAACGACUGGCUGAAGAGCUCGCAAACAGGUGGUCCUGCUGGAGGAGGAGGAGGAGGAGGAGGAGGAGGAGGAGGAGGAGGAGGAGGGAGAGCAGGAGACAUUACCGAGAGGUCGAUGGGCAACUCGUCGGCGGGAGACGGCGGCAUGACGGACAGGAGUGACGCAACCGACGGGACGAUGACGAGCCGAGGACCUGCGUCGCAGUUCAAGCUUGCAAGGUACGGGAAGGUGAAGGAGCUGGAGAAGGUGAUCACAAGGGACAACGUGGACGAUCGAGACGACAAGGGCAACACCUGCCUGCAUCAUGCGUGCAUGCAGAAUAAGAAACGAAUUGCGAAGAUGGUGCUGCGACUGGGCGCAGACAUCAACGCGCAGAACGAAAAGGGCAACACGUGCCUGCACUACUGCUUCGGAUACAACUACACAGAGCUGGGAGAGUACCUCAUCUCCAAAGGAGCGGAUGAGAGCAUUAGGAAUCAUCUCAACGCCACCUGCCGCGAAGUCUCGUCCAGCAGCAUGAUGUCGUCUAGGAAUCAAACUUAUUACAACGUCGAGUACUUGGUCGGGAGGAGGACUGACGACGAUUCAAAGGAGUCAGGGGCAGGAAGAGAGCAGGAGCAGGAGCAGGAUCAGAUGCAGGAGCAGGAGCAGGAUCAGAUGCAGGAUCAGAUGCAGGAGCAGAUGCAGGAGCAGAUGCAGGAGCAGGAGCAGGAGCAGGAGCAGGAGCAGAUGCAGGAGCAGGAGCAGGAGCAGGAUCAGAUGCAGGAGCAGAUGCAGAUGCAGGAGCAGGAGUAG